GUACAGUCAAUGGCGGCAAACGCGGCAUGGCGGAGACGCGCAUUGGUACUUGGAAGUGGAUGCAUGUGCGACUUGAUGUGGCGUUGCAUGUGGCUUUGCAUGUGGGAGGCUCCGUUUGUAAUGUUCGCAGACUGGUCAUUUGAUGAUACGUGUGAACAGUGGUAGUGCUUGGGUGCCUCAAGAGGGAAUCGCAGAACAUAGCCAUAGAGCUAAAAGUAAUAGAAGAUUUUUAAACUGUUAUUUGAUUUUGUGUUGUUUCAGCAGUAGUAUGUCCUUCAACAAUCUGUUAUGUCCAAACAUGGAAUGAGUCGCAUGUGACUAAGUCAACCAAAUGUGGCAACAACAAUUAGUCAGCAAUGGAAUUAGUCAGUGAAAAACAACACAUUCAUUCCUGAGGAUGGUUUCGAGUUUAUCUAUGCUUAUUGCCAACUGGAAGGAUUCCUCUUUUUCACAUAACUUUACCAUUUUCAUGGUAUACUUAACUGCUUGUCAGCGGAUUGUCACUUGCCAUCAUUAGAAUGGUAUGGUCCAUAUCAGCAGUGUUAUGAUGCACUUCUUAAAUACACCAAUUCCUCAGAAAAUAUUCUAAUUGAAAUUGUGGAAAUUUCUGCCCUUCAUGCAGAACUGCACAAUGAUGGGUUCGUAUAAACAAGCUUGAAAUGACAAACCAACAGUAUUUUUGGUUUGGCUUACACAUGUUGACAUGACUAUGACAUGUUGAUGUUAGCUAAAUUGUUAUUAAUCAUAGGGGUAGGUAGUAUGAAAUGAAAUUUGGAUGUUUGUGUCUUUGUAUUUGUUUGAGAUGACUCUUGAUGCAGGAAGCUUUUCCUGCUUCUUACGAAAAGGGACAUUGGAUGCCUUAAUGUAUAAUACCAACCAAGUGUCAUUGCAAAGAUAGGUCAAAGAUAUAUUAAUAUAGAUUACGCUCUGAGUGAUGGUGACAUGGUAAAAAGAGAGAGCAGUAUGAAUAUGUGCUGCAUCAUUUACUUCUAUCAUUUAUAUCUUCAAGGUAUCUUACUGAUUUCUAUUGGUUUUAUUUGUGGAAAGAAUAUCCUGAGCGGGAGAAUUGGAUCACAAUUGACUAGAUGUUUUACUAUUUUAAAUGAGUUAAUCACAAAGAAUUUUUUACUGAUUCAUGUUCUGUUUCUGUAAUGUAGGUAGAAUAAUCGCAAUGUCAGGGUUGUAAUUCGCGAGAGAUAUGCCAAUAGGGUUUCGCUGUUUUCAAUUCGCAAUCGUAAUGGAUUUGAAGAGGAUAUUGAUGGAGUUUUGGUAUAAAAAAGUACAUGUUCGUUGGAAGGGCACCGAAGAGUUCCGGAUACUUUUACCAUCGCACAUGUUAUGGUAAUCCUUUCGGAUUCGAUUCCGCCGUUUGUGCUGCCCUUUUCUAUAAAGCACUUCUACAGAGUGACGACUCGUUGCGAGUGCAUGACAUCCAUAUCGAUAACGGUUUCCUGCGUAAAGACGAAUCCGAGCAAGUCGUCACUAGUUUACAGCAACUCGGGCUCAAUCUUCGGGUAAUUAAAGCAAGAUUGACUUUCUACGAUGCUUCCACCAACGUGCAUGGUCGCCAAACUUUGUCGUUGUGUCGGACUGUAAAUCCGGAAGAUAAACGUCGAAUUAUUGGCGAUAUGUUUGUCAAAGUGAUAGAUAGAACGGCUAACGAUUUGAAUGUCAUUUGGGAUAAUCUACUUCUCGGACAAGUUUCUUUGAGACCGGAUUUAAUUGGGGCCGCUUCGCAUAUGGCUUCUUCGCGCGCUGAUGCCAUAAAGACUCAUCAUAACGAUUCCGAAAUGGUUCGUCAGUUGCGCAUUUACGGUCGUGUAGUAGAACCUCUUAAAGAUUUCAUUUCCAUAAAGAUGAAGUAAGGUCUUAGUUCGUGAGCUGGGUCUGUCCACAGUAUUAUUGGAAUGUCACCCGUUUCCUGGUCCUGGUUAUAUAUUUAUAUUUAGUUAUAUUAUUAUUCUUAAAACCCAGAGGUGUUCUUCACUUUUCAGGGGAUUGAUUGAUGAUACUUGUUGAUUAAUCCAUGAGGAAUGGAUAAGUGGAGGGUAAUGAAAGUUUACAAAUGUAAUUCCUCGUGGCAUUUUCAUUCACGCAUACAGGGCAGCUCGGGAGCAGACGAACCAUUGAAAGGGCCUUGCGUAGUCUAGCUGCAUCCAGCCAGAUACUAGUAGAACCCAAAACAUUGUUUUGACAAGUACUGUCAUAAUCUACUUCUCGGAUAAGCUGACAUUUCCCGUAUAUUUUCAAGACAUCUAGGGGAGAAAUAACUAACUCCGUAGAAUUUUUAUUGGUAUGUCAGCUGUCCCGUCAGCUGUUCCAUUUCGCGUGGCUUCGGACAGAGGAUGGCUGCUGAAACGAACGUCUCUUCUUGAAAUUUUACCACUGAUUCCGUGUAUUUGCAUCUUGUGAAUUCAAUCAAUGCAGAGUUGUUCAAGGAGGAACAUGGCUUGGCUUUGCUAGCACGUUUUUCAUCUCCGUUAGUCUGAUAUACCCAUUUUGUUUCAAAGGCGAUAGGUCUUUGAGAUGUACCUGAUGUACUGUGGUGGCCGCAAAAUCAUUCAAUGACUUGGUUCAAUCUAGGAAUUGGUUUUUCUAUAGUGGUCAACAGUUUUAAUUUGCAGAGAUCCUGGAGACACCUGAUGUGUUUCAUUGGCGUUGGAGUCACUCGGUGACAGUAAUGUUAUGUUGUCAGUUUAAAUAAAACAUAUCCAGUAUCA